UAUCCUGCUCUAUUGUUACGUAGCAAUAGAAGCCCGCUUAUGCUGCUUCGGCGGCGCUUUUUCGCCCUCUCUUCGCUCUGGACAGGAGCGCUAGUGGACACGGGGAGGGAGCAGGCGAAGCGUGUCGUUCGUAAUGGAAAGAAAGAUACCACUACUUCGCCUCUUUGUUGGACCGCCGGCGCGAACACAGUGGUCGGGGUGGCUGGUGGUUUCGGGAUCCCGUAGAAAUGCUUCUUUUAUGCCUCGGGUAUUAGCCACAGCUCGUAUUCAUUCAGUAAUUCUACCCCUUCUUCAUUCUUGGACCUCGUUUCUUAAUAUUGUGACUCUUCCAUGCUGUGUCUCAGGAACCUCUUCAAUACGGUCCGGAUUGCUAGCUCCCGUUCAUAGUUUUGCUACAGAUGAUACACGAGGAAUCUUUUUAUGGCGGUUCUUCCUUCUAAUGACCGGCAUAUCUAUGAUUCUUUUCUCCCAGAUGAAGCAGCAGGCAUCGGUCCGUAGAACCUAUAAAAAAGAGAUGGUUAUGGCACGAAGUACUCUUGUGCACCUACGUCACUCGGCUCGCGCGCAACCCCGCCCCGUUAUGUUAUGGAAGAAUUGAGCUUAUUGCUGGGCUGGUUAUUCAGAGCCAGCAAUUGGCUGUCGGAUUUCGUCCCGCAACUAGAAGAAGCUCGCUUCGGGGGUCACUGUGGUGUGGCUGAAUGUAGAGCAGUCCGCCCUUACAGCCUUUGAUCAGUAGAUUAUUUAGAACUUCGGAAGAUGGUCAAGGUAGCUUACUUCCAAGCCACUGCACUAGAUGCGCAUGUAGUCGGCCCAGAAUGCCUCUGUUCUAUACUAAAAGAAAAGACUCUUUCGAAUGAAUGGGGAAGUCGCUCUUUGAUCUGCGGAAUAAGGCCUACGAGCUCUCUCUUUUAUGGCUCCUUCCCAAGGCCACCGACAUAUGUAUGACUUUUAGCCAGGGUCUUUGUUAAGGAAGCUGCUCCCGAACGAUUCAAUCUCAUAUGAGGUAGCAGGUCAAAGAUAGGCUAUGUCGACCCUUUCCAACUUUUUUUCCAUACCAUAAAGGAGAAAUCCGCUUAUGGCAUUCACCCAAGCAUACAGAGGAGAGCUUGCCAGCGAUAAAGGAAGGUUUUUACUACGAGUCCGCAUCAGGUGAAUUGAAAGGGAUAUUCCUCUUUAGCUUUAGGGAGGUGGGCGGGAAAUGGAUAGCAUAGAUGGUUUUAAAAUACCAUACCAAUUAGGCCAAGAUCUGAAUCUUCCCCUCCUAUGGCCGAUAGAUCGCUCAACAAGUCGUCCCGAAAAGACCCUCAGUGAAACCUUACGCUUUAUAGCUGAAAAGAAUGCUCUUAACAACGAAGCAUGCGAUGGUUCCAGUUCUCGCGAUCAAUAGACACAGAGGAACCUACCUAUAUCUUCUCUAUGCCCUCCCACCACUCAUUCUCAAUGCGGCUUACUCACUGUUCAUCAACAUAUCUUUCUUCUUCUUUAGCUACCUCAAUAGCAGCUGAUGUAUCAACGGAUUCGCUAACACUUCCUGGUAAGACAUCUUCUUCUGGUACUGCUGAUCAAUCUUCUCCUUAGCUACUUUAGCUGCAGGAACUCAUAGCUACAAGAGACCUAGACUCGAGACGAGAUUCGCCGCCGUUCAAACGUAUCUUGAAGGGGAUAAAGGAUAAGUAAUUUUUCUUUGAAAACCGAAGCUUCUUUGGUCGUGUGAAGUCCUUGAGUUACUGCCUCCCUCCUUUUGCUUUUUGAAAACCUUAGUCUAUAUAGCAGGACUUUUUUAGUUAGAUGCCCCACUACAGCUUCUCAUCUCUUCUUGAUAAUCCAGGAAGCUCUUCCAAGAACUACUAGCGGAGGUAUUGAUCGAGUAUAGCCGAGCAAUUAAGGCCUUCUCCUCGAUACUAAUCUAGCCUUUUGAGACUAAGUGUUCGAAAGGGGCACCACUCCAUGAUCGCACUCUGUCUUCGUUCUCAUAAGUCACUUUAGGACGAUCAAGAAAAUAAUAAAGCAGGAUUGUUACUACGGGUACAGGUUCUGAAACAAGUAGAUUAUUUCAAUCACUUAAUUCUCAACGAUCUGAUCAUGCACCCCGCUUACUUUUUCUCUCUUUUACCAAUGAUCAGUAGAUUGAGCACUAACUGAAUCUCGAUAAAGAAGGAGAAGAAGUAGAAUCAAUCAACGACGCCUAGAUCAUGAAAGGGGCAUACCAUCUGCCCUACAAUCCUUUCUUUCUUCUCUUACGAAAUGGAUAGUUAGAGAGAAAGAGAACUCCCAAGGCGUGAUCUAUUCUAUUAGAUUCUAUUAGAUGAAAAGGUCCUAUCAGUACUAUUGGAUUAACUGUCCUUCUCUCUUUGAUGCCAUCUUAUUCUAUGUCCAUUUGUCCGGAUUGUGCCCGACCUCCUCUACCCCCGAAUCCCUUGACCACGCCCCGCUCCGGGGAUCACUGAACGAGAGGGACACCCGGCCCUUCCCCAACUUAUAGGAAGAUAACGAAAGGGAGACAAGAGACAACCUAUAACACAAGCAUCUAUCCGAUUCGUUACGCAAGAGUGAGUACUGACCUCGCGGAUGGAGAGGGAUUCGAACCCCCGGUAUUCCUAUCAAUACUUCGGUUUUCAAGACCGACUCUUUCAACCGCUCAGACAUCCAUCCUCUUCUGUUACCUACUUUGACUCAUAUCUUCGGUAUACCUCAAUACAAGACAAACACAGGAAAGGAUAUUCAACCAAAACCGGGCUAUCGCCCUAUCUAAGCAGGUUGACCCUAUCCUCUGCGGAAGUCAUUUUUUCAUCUAUUUCUUUCAGUUUCUGUGUCUAUCGCUAUCGCCCUAUUAUCUCUCAAUUGCCUAUCCUUUAUAGUAAAGUAUAGAUGAGGGGGAGUACCUUAGCAGUAGCUUCCAAAUUGACCUCCUCGCGUUGGACUUAGUUGGAAAGGUAGGUGUUCGGCAUGUCCCUUGCUUGCAAACUUAUUUAGUAAGGCGGUUUGGAGGCCCCAUUCCUCACGUUUACCGUUGUCCCCAGACUUCACUCUUUCAACACUUGUAUACUUUCUAAAGAGUCAGGCAUGCCCCUGUCCCUGUCUCUUAAAGCCCUAUCAGGCUUCCCCUUGUUUGCCGAUUGAAGAAGAAAGCCUUAUAUGGUCUCAAAAAAAGCGAGAAAAGCCCUAUCUAUCUUAUUAGUCAAGCCUAAAGGUAAAGGCCCUGCAAUCAAACUAAAGCGCUAACGAGCGAGUGAAGUAUACGUAACGAGGCAUUAGAGCAACGGCUUUCAGCUCAAUCCGUUGCUUGUUGCCCCUUAUGGAGAACUGCUCAAGUUUCGCGCAAGUUGCUUAAUCCGUUGCUUUCGAGCCUACGCUUGCUGGGUAGUGAAGUGGUCCGUGAAGGUUAAAUAAGACUUGUGUUAAGCAAGCAGAGUAGUCAAGCCAGAUAGGCAAAAAAAGCAAGAAGCUGUUUUCGUUCGAUCGACGGAAUCCCUCGUACUUUCACUGCUGUGGGCCGGCUUUCAUAAAGCACCUUUGGGCAGCAGCUACUAUUGGGAUGAUAAAAAUUCGACAAUGAAACUCUUUAAGCAAUGAUCUUAUCUAUGUCAUUUCUCUUGGCGCGAUACAAAAGACGACUUUUGAGAGUCACUUAGCCCCUUGACUUCUUCUCUCAAAAAAGACGCUGUGCGGGCAAGUCGAUCAAAGUAAGAGCGGGGAGGGAAUGUUUACAGUUGUUGUAGUACGACUUUUCAUUUCCUGUUCGGUCUUUCAAUAAGUAGUCAGCUGCGGGCUAAGAAGCCUCGUAGUCAGACUUAACAUUGAUUGAAGCAGCUGUUGGAGAGAAGGCACCAGUCAGACCUGCAAGCACCGGGUAGUAUGCAGCGGCAGUUUUUAAUCAUACAAUGUGUACUCGUAGUCUUACUUUUAGCGGUAGUCAGCUGUCCUCGUUCUCCUCAAUCAGCGCAUCGAUGAGCUCGCUUGGAUGAAGUGGAGGGCUCUCGUCUUGCACAGGCGGCAUAGGUGGCACGGAAGGAUGGUUAUCUUGAAGAGAAGGAUUGGAGUGGUAAGUUGGACCAUCAUUCGCCGUAUGUAAGGCUGGACUGUCGUAAUCAAAGUAAGAACCUCCGUCUUCCCGCCUUGUAAAUGGGAUCAUCUUGAUCAUUUGGUUGAGCAGCACCUCUUGUAGCCAUCUCGGCAGCACCUUCUCUAGCAACUUCUUGAGACCAGGAAUCUGGACAAUCGUAUCGGUUCCCAACCGGAACCUGUAGCUGAGCCGGCGCUUUCUCAUGUCUCCAAGGCGCUCUUUCUACUAGUUCUAAUUGCUCUUUCAGUUCACUUCCUCGUUUGAGGAGUGGUGCCACUAUACGAUUAGAGUCUGCUAUUAGUGCGCUAAUUUAUCUUUCUUUCUUUUCUAUUAGUCGAUCGCUGGCGCCCCGAUCAGUUAGUCUUUCUAUUUCUUCCUCUAGGAAGUCUAUUUUCUUCUUAUACCGGUCCGCUAGCGCGGCCCUCUGGUUAUCUUGUGGGAGCCUUUUUAUUUCCCGUUUUGCUUUCGCGGGUCCCUAUUCACCGUAGGAGUGGCAGUAGCAUUCUUCAUAGGCUCUUUCUCUCUUUGAGGAGUAGCAGUCAAAGUGGCAGGAGCGGUAGCACUUUCGACUCGUUUAUGGGAUUGUAUACCUUUACUCUUUUCUUUCCCUUCACCCGAGAGCUCAGACUGAGGGUUAGGUGUGCAGGAGGCUAAGUUCUUAAAAAUGUCCAGAAAAAGAAUUAGAAACUCAGAUUCAGAUCCAGCAACUUCUUGCCAAGAGAAAAUAACUAUCUGAGCUCAAGUUUUCAGUCACUUCUCCAUUGGAGGAGAGUAAUGAAGAAGCUUUGAAGGAACUUGCAGAGUGGACAAGUUUGAAGGAAAAAGUUAGGCAAGCCAAACACGACUGGCUCGAGGGAUCCAAAGAAUUAACUCGAGCCAUCACGCUCUUCUUUUGGACUUGAAGAAGGGAAUUCCACCGGCGAGUAGGGCUUAUGCCCAUUAGUCGACGAGGGAUGGUCCCGCUUCUUCAUUGAUAAAUUCUAGGUUCACCGAAAGGUACAGUCAGUUGGAACCACGCCCUGAAGCCAAAGACCUGUCUUAGUCAUCAAAUCCAGGGUCUGGUGGAGUAGUCCCAGUUUACGAAGUCUCGCCUCUCCUUGAUUAAAGAGUGGUGGGGCCAGAAGCCGGAAGCCAAACGUACGACAAGAGGUUUAAUCACUGGCCGAUCCUUUGGAACAACUCUUUUAAUUUAAAGGAAGAAGUCGUACCAGACAAGUUCAAUCUGUAAUGGCUGUGAGGCACCGAGUCUGAAUAGGCAUCAACAAGCACAUAGAUGUCCGAGGAAGCAAAGGCUAGGGCAGUUGGCGGAGAGGUAGAAUUGAACUUCCUAUGACUGAUUUCUAAGCGGAGAAUCAAGCGACAAGGCUAGAUUUGCAGGAAUCCAUUCAUUUAUAAAGUCCCAUCCAGCCAGGUGGAAGCCUGUACCAGCAGCCAGAUUAGGAGAAGAUCUUAAAGACCUAUUUUAUUAACAUAAAGCAUUGACCUCUCUGUCUCUUUAUCAUAGAUCAGCUCUGUCACCGCUUCUCCUGCAACAAAAACUUGGGUGAAGAAUUCAGUGGAGAAAAAGUAAAUUGCUUAUUUGCUUAACACAUCGCUGGAUUAGCUGAUUUGCCUGGUUCGUCUGCCUUUCUGCUUGAAAGUUUUCCUUUCACCCUAUUCUUGCAGCUGAUCUGCGACACAAGCAAGUAAGCAGCAAUCUCACCCCGAGUUCACUCCUUCUAGCAGCGGAUGUGCGACACAGGUCUUCAUAUAUUAGAUCAGAACUUACCUUCCUCUCAAUCCGAAUCGGCUAGCUCGUGCAAUCAAUAUAUCAUCACUCCCAUGCAUACAAUAGCUACGAGCUGCUCUAAGCGCUCUUACGCGAUGUCUCACGAGUACACUAAGGAGAGAGGAACUAGGAGCAAAGUCUUCGCCUUUAUUUUGCGUAUAUAGAGAUAGCCAAUCUUGACUAAAGUAGUCGGUCCAAGUGUGACUUAUCUCAGGUGUCCCUAAAACUCGCAUGUCUUUCUUGGUUGGACCAACCCAACCUGAAAAUGGGUGUUUUGUGUCUGUUCUAUGAUUUUAAGACGGCCUACAAACGAGGGAGUCGUUGGGUUGUUGAAGGCAGUAUUAUGGUCUAAAUUGAACUACCAACGAUGUCGAAAUAAUGAUCUUUUCGUUGGUCGGUCGCCCAUUUUAGGUAAAAACGUAUUGCCUAUUUCUCUUCUUUCUAACAAAAAACAUAUUUAGAUUUAAAAAGAGCCAUGAGACUAUUAAAAAUACUACCUGUGUCCAAGUAUCUGUCCACUAAUUGGAAAUCUAUGGUUUUGUAUUCUGUAGGACUCCGGAUCUGGAUCAAUAUUAAUUUGUCAGUCGCGGGUGUCUAUGGGAAAAAAAUUAUAAAAUUACCGGGGCGCCUCUAUAUUAAUAGAUGCGCUCUGAUCAGAGCUGCACUGCUCUUAUUUGUUUCUUUUCUUUUCUACUUCCUCUUGUACCUAGUCUUUAUGACAGGAGGAGGGGGUGAACUGUGGAAAGCAGUUAGCCAGUUUUGGGGGGAUGCGGGGGGAAGUAAUAGUACCCCCAAUCCGGGCCACGAUCCUGCGGGAUCCUCAGACCUGCUCGUGGCUGCGGGCGCGGGGAACCAACCCCAAGAGGGGGAAAUGCUAGUAAUUCCCUCCCCCGAAAUCUCUCAGGGAGAAUUGCUUGGGGAAAUGCUAGUAAUUCCCUCCCCCGAAAUCUCUCAGGGAGAGUUGCUUGGGGAAGCGGAUGCAGCACCUGCUGGCCCAGAAGCGGAUGCAGUAUCCGAGGAUAAUGAGGAUCUAGACACAUGGCUCAACAGGAUCAAGUCCGAAGAGGGGAAGAAACAGUUUCAAAGCUCCUUUCUUUCGGACGUGAAUAAGCUGAUCAACCUGCCGUCGAAGGGCGGGCGUUUUCGGCCGGAACUUGACUCAGCAGAUCUUUUGCUUCUAAAUUGUUGGAAGAAGAGGAUCUUAAAGCUCCUUUGUACCAAGGAGUUACGCUCCCCCAUCAAGGUAACCAAGAGGCAAUGGGAGGCCGCAUUAGAAAAGCUUCUAGAGGGAAGGGGCCCUUAUGAUUGGUUAACUGCCGGGAAGGCAAUAGAAAGAGAAAGGGAAAGGUGCCCUUUCUUUCGUCGAUUAGUCGAUGAGGUAGAAAGAAUGAAAUUCUGCCAAAAAAGAAAGGGUAAGGGAAAAACCACCUCGACCGGAGCAGAGUAAACAACAAUGUCGGAUCAGGCCGCCCCUUCCACCCAAAAGGAGUUGCCGGAAAGCUGCUUCUACUUUCCACCUUUCUCUUACGAUUCCGCGGGAAGAUGCAGUUGCUAGUCAUAAGCUUCAUUGAAGGGCAAUCCCGCCUUUGGGGAAUCCCUCCUUUGAAGUGAAAGAUGCAAAAGAUCAUCAGAAAGGAUACAACCCCUUUAUCUUUAUGAUUCCAGCCAAGAAGACUCGUAAAAGGAAGGA